AUGAUUUUCGUUUCUCGUCGGUCGUCCGGUAGGUACCAUUUCCCAUUCCAUCAAGCAUCGAGCAGAAUGUGGUGGUGGUACCAUGGAAUGAAUCACCAUCAGUGAAAUUUUACUGUCGUGCAGCAAAAUUUACGGUAUUCAGCUGCUCUGUUGUUUUAGCGGUUGUGAUAACGACUUUAUAUUCUAUAAAUUAACUAGUUUUGCAUAAAAUGUUAGUGAAGUUUCAACGUUAAAUUAUCUUACGUGGCGACAAAUAUCGGUAAAACAGAACAAGAUCUAUGGCAGAAUAUCUCCAAUAUGAAUGGCGCCCUCAAAAAAUCAUUCCAGAACCCAUGAAAAAUGAACCUAUUGACAAGAAUACUUCAAUUCAAGGACUUCGCACCAUCAUUCAACAAUCCAGUGACGUCGAAUUAAAAAACAACGUUCAGCAAGAUGAUAAAACUCUUCUCAAAUUUCUUUAUGCUAGAAAAUUUAAUAUACCUGAUACUUUCCUGCUAUUACAAAAUUACUACUGGUACAGGAAAAAGAAUCAAAUGAUAUUUGAGAAUUUUAAUGUAGAAUCAGCAGAUAUACGAAAUGCUUUAGAAAGUGGUCUUCCUGGUGUUUUGUCUUCCAAAGAUCGAAAGGGGAGGUGUGUUUUAAUAUUGAACGCCACAAACUGGGAUUGUAGUUAUAGUUUGAUAAGUAUUUAUCGUUCCAUUUUACUGAGUUUAGAAUUUUUAUCUAAUGAUAUUCAUAAUCAGGCUAGAGGAUUUGUUGUGAUCGUUGACUGGACUGAGUUUUCAUUUAGACAAAGCACAAAUUUGAAACCCUCAAUUUUGAAGUUAAUGAUUGAAGGUUUGCAAGAUUGCUUUCCAGCUAAAUUUAAGGGAAUACAUUUUAUUGGUCAACCAUGGUAUGUAGAGGCAGCUUUAACGAUAAUCAAACCAUUUCUGAAAGAAAAGAUUAAGGAAAGAAUUUUCGUGCAUGGCAACAAUUUAAGCACUCUGCAUGAUUAUGUACACAAAGAUAUUUUACCAGCAGAACUGGGAGGCGAACAACCCAGUUAUAAUCCAGAAAUUUGGUUAAAAAUACUAGCUGAAAGCACUUAGAUUGAAAGAGUUAUUUAAACUACAUUGCACUUAUUUAUUUACUUACUAGAAUCAUCUCAAAUAAAUUUACAUGACAAUUGAGAAAUUCAGUAUUACAGUGAUUAAACUGCUGUGAUCUAUUGAACGUCCAAUAUUUUGUAGUGGCAAAUAAAUUUUAAACUAAC